CGUCACUUUUACAUAUUACUUCCCCUCCCGUCGUCAUACACGACAGUUGCACACACCGAAUUCAAGAUUCUGAUUAACGAAAACCUCUGCGAAAUGUUCUUCUUCUUCGUCGGUGGAUUAGGGCAACAGGUGAGGCAGGUGCUGAAAUCCGGCGCCGGAAAAUGCAUCAGGUGCGGAUCAGACGCCGAUUUGGUCGAUUACGACAAGGUUCUCAAGCUGUUCUUCGUCCCUGUCUGGAGAUGGCCAGGCAAAGAUCCUGUCUUAUACUGUAGAGAUUGCGAUCUAUUCCUCCCUCAGUCUCUGUCUCCACCGCCGCCGCCGCCGACAACCACCGUGGAUAGGUUUCUCCGGUGCCGGUUCUGCGAUCGUGCCGUUGAGCCUGAGUUCAGGUUUUGCCCCUUUUGUGGGUCUUCUCUGUGAUUGGCAUCUGAUUUUUUUUUUGGGUGCCGUGCUCUGUUUUCUCGUUAUCAUUACAUUAAAAAAAAAAACCCAUGUUUUCUUGUCCUUAAAUGAUAAAUUUCAUGCUUUUGUAAGGAUAGUGUUUUGUAAAGAGAUUUCGGGAAAGAUGGUGACUUUUUUAUU